CAAAGCCAGCGGACAUGUCAAAACACCAUCGAACCACCUAAUCCCACGUUAACAUAUUUAUUUUAUAUGUUUUGCUUACCUACUGUAUUUAUGAUUCUGUAUUUGAUAGCUUCUUCUGGUGCCAAGUCCUUCUGGUGAAAGUCCUGUCUAUUGUUGUUGCUUAGAAUAAUCAUAAUAGUAUCAGUAAUUCCCAAGAUUAGUUUGUUGAGCUCUCCUUUUCUGCUAUCUGAUCUUCGGUUGUUUGUUAGUUCAUCAUUUAUCAAAUGUUUGACUCCACUUGAAGCAACCCUUGUGAUGGGUUGUGGUUUUCUGUCCUUUUCCUGCCUCAAAUUUGAAAUUCAGCUGGUAAAGAUACUUGCUUUGUCGUAGAAUUGGCGUGGGGUUUCUUCUCUUCCCUUCUUUUGUGAAAUGGGAUGUUUGGUAUUUAGAAUGUUCACCAGGGAAGACUUGGGUUUGAUGUGGAUUUCAGAAAGGAGGAGAUUAGGGUUUGUGGCUAGGCUUCUGCUUGGGUUGUGGUUUAGUCUUGUGCUUUUGAAGCCGGUUGCGGGAUUAAGACCGAUCAGAGAGAAGGCUGGGACAUGGGGUGAUGAGUGGCUGUUGGUCAGAAAAGAUGGAAAGGAGUUGGGUCCUUUUUCUGCAUGGAACAUAACAGGGACAUACCGAGGGACUUGGAAAUUUCUGGAUGCCACAAAUAGUUCUUCCAGGUUUCCAGAUUUUAGGAAAUCCAAUGGCAAUUCUGUUAUCGAAUUAGUUAGUACACCAACAAAAAUAACUGGUGUCCAUUAUGUUCAGGGUGUAAUAAUUUUCCAUGACGUUUUUGAUAAUGAACACAAUGUUGGUGGUGCUCAAAUCCGGGUAGAAGGUGUAUAUAUAUGGCCUUUUAGACAGCUUCGAAUGGUAGCUAGCAGUGGAAAAGGAGAGUCAAGUCAGGAGGAAGAUUAUAUUUUAUCUAACCCAUAUCAUUUGCUUGGAGUUUUCUCCUCUCAAGUGUUCCAGGAAUCUCCACGAGAAAAAAUUGGGAGAAGGAAGAACUCUCCAAUUUAUGAGGUGGAGAAACAUUGCAAUAUGGAAAUUGCAGCUCAAAUUUCACACAUUUCUUCUUCCCAACAUGAUGGAGAUCACGAUCGUUACCACAUUGAGGGGUUGAUGGAGAGCCCUGCAGUAGAUGAUGAUGGGGAUUGCUUGUCACCUUUGCUGUUGAAUGCUACUUCUGUGAACAUUGAAGUUUACUAUAAUAAAGCUGUGAACUAUACCUUAAUGGUUACCUUUGUCUCUUUCCUUCAAGUUCUUCUGUUAAUUCGACAAAUGGAACAUAGCAAUACUCAGUCUGGGGCUGCCAAAGUUUCAAUUUUAAUGGUCGGACAACAGGCUAUAAUGGAUGCUUAUCUUUGCCUCUUACAUCUCACUGCAGGAAUACUAGUUGAAUCAUUAUUUAAUGCUUUUGCAACUGCGGCAUUCUUCAAGUUUGUAGUCUUCUCCAUAUUUGAGAUGAGAUAUCUGCUUGCAAUAUGGAAGGCAAGUAGACCUAUGAAUAAUGGUGAAGGUUGGGAAACAAUGAGGAGGGAGCUUUCUGUUUUAUAUAGCCGUUUCUAUGGGAUUCUUCUAGGAGGCAUUCUGGUCAUGUAUGAGUUUCAUAAUUUCUUGCGACCCAUACUUCUCCUGAUGUACUCCUUUUGGAUACCUCAAAUAAUAACCAAUGUCAUCCGUGAUUCAAGAAAACCUUUGCAUCCUCAUUAUAUCUUAGGCAUGACUGUUACUCGGCUAGCAAUCCCAUUAUAUAUAUUUGGCUGCCCUCACAAUUUCAUGCGCAUUGAGCCUGACAAGAGCUGGUGCAUCUGCUUGGCUGUUUUCACUGGAUUCCAAGUGUCAAUUCUUCUUCUUCAACAUUAUCUUGGGUCCAGAUGGUUCGUCCCUCAUCAGAUCCUACCAGAGAAGUAUAGCUACUUUAGAAGAUUUGAUCAUCAGGACACAAAUCACGCAACAGAUUGUGUUAUAUGCAUGACUUCCAUUGAUCUCACACACCGUUCAAAUGACUGCAUGGUAACACCAUGUGAUCACUUCUUUCAUUCCGGUUGUUUGCAAAGGUGGAUGGAUAUAAAAAUGGAAUGCCCAACUUGCCGGCGUCCUUUACCACCAGCUUAAAGAAUUUUUUCUUCUACUUUGUCCAUAUUACGCAGAAUUGGCUUACGAGACCCAACUUGUUCAUACGGUAGAGAAAAGACCGCCGAGAGACUAUAUUUUGUUUGGGUCCAUAUUCAAGCUGAGAUAGAGCAUAAGCAUGAUUGAAACUCACUGACACUACAACAAUUUGUAGGAAACAAUUCCUUGCAUCAAUUGUACAAUGUGUAAAUUCAAUACGUAGUUGUUCCAAAAUAAUCGCAAUUUUUUCUAUUCAUUUCCAUCCUUCUUACCCACUGAUCUUCUGCUUUUUCAGAAAUAAAUUUGAGCAAAACAAGAAUAGAAAGACGAACUUUUGAUACAGUUUGAACUUCUU